AUGACAGUAAAACCCAACUACAAGCUCUCACAAGAGCAAAUCGAUCACUUCAUGAGAUAUGGGUACGUGCGUUUAGCAGACUGUUUCACGCAGGAGAAAGCAGCCGAAUGGGCAGGCGAUGUGUGGACUAGACUCGGUGUGUCACCAACGGACAAGUCAACAUGGACAACCGAAAUUACCCACAUGGGAGACACCAAGGAAGAACCCGUCAAGACGUUCGCUCCCAAGGCCUGGGCGGCCAUCUGCGAGCUUCUAGGGGGCGAAGACCGUGUAGCCCCGGAAUCAGCCACUUGGAACGAUGCGUUGAUCGUCAAUCUUGGCUCGCCCGAGUCCGAGGGUACAUGGCCCCAUCCUGCUGAUCUGCCGGGGUGGCAUGUGGAUGGCGACUUCUUUACCCAUUUUCUUGAUUCGCCUGAACAGGCCCUGCUCGUUAUACCCCUAUUUACCGAUAUCCAGGAUCGUGCAGGUGGAACUAUGAUCUGCUCUGAGGCGACAAAAUAUGUUGCCCAGCAUCUGUACAAUCAUCCCGAGGGCGUGACACCAUAUAUGUAUCCCUGCGGCCAAGAACCUGUUGGAAAACCCGAGGAUACGCCCUUUUACUCAGAUAUCGUUAAGAAUUGCAGCGACUUUCACCAGAUAACUGGUAAGGUGGGCGAUGUUAUUCUUCUCCAUCCUUUGAUGUGUCACUCGAUUUCUGUCAACAGCUUGAGACACCCGCGCGUUAUCACGAACCCACCAGUGGCGUUGAAACAGCCGUUCAAGUUUGACCGGAAUGACCCCUCCAAAUACAGUCUCGUCGAGAAGAAGACGCUAGAGAUGCUAGGCAAAGACAGGCUGUCUGGUUGGAAAAUAAAGGGGAAGCGAGAGUUCGUUCUUCCGGAGAGGCUGAAGGAUAAAAGCGGAUCGAGUGAAAGCCAGCUGGAGAGGCUCGCGAACAUCACCGGACAGCCUAUGUCAGCCUGA